AAAAACUAAAACUAGAAUUAUAUUUGUGUAAAGAGUGUACAGUGAAAUGGUUGAGAGCGCCUCAAUAUCCCAGCUCUAUGAGCGUCUAAAAGCGAUGGAAUGGCAUGCAUUAUUUCAUAUGUUUUACUUGGAGCCUGUGGUAUUUGUAUUGAUCUUUUCGCAUGUGCUUUCAGGCACCGUAAUGCGUAAUCAGAUUAUAUAUCAGACUUGUACAGUUAGCUUUCAAUAUAACGUCAGCGAUUGCGAGCAAUUGGAUGAUAAAAAUGCCGGCCCUAAUAUACAUGCCAUUGAAACGGAGAUUCAAUCGUAUGUCGCUGAAAUGUUUCUCUCGCGUACGUUAAUUGAAAGCAUUAUACCAGCUGUGUGCGGUCUAUUCAUAGGCUCCUGGUCGGAUAAAUAUGGACGCAAGCCUCUGUUGGUUAUAUCAAUGAUUGGCUUUGCGGGCAGCGCUUUAAUAACGACCAUCAUAUGCGCACUCUCCGGCAAUUAUGCGAUAAAUCCUUGGUGGUAUACCUUGGCAGCGUUGCCGCAUUCACUGCUUGGCGGCAUGUGUGUUUUUUCAGUGGCUGGCAUGUGCUUUCUAUCGGAUAUAACGGAUAUCAAAACGCGACCUUACAGAAUGGUCUUUCUGGAACUGUUGGUGUUUAUUGGUCUCAGCAGUGGCACCUUUCUGUCCAGUUAUGUGUACGCUGCCACGAAUGCAGCAAUCACUCAGGGCAUUUCAGCUAGCUGUCUGAUUGCGGCCACAAUUUUCAUUAUCAUCUGGAUGCCAGAGAGUCUGCAUAUACGGCUGGCAGAGGAUGCCAAGGCCGAGGCAGAGCAGGCAGCAGGUCAAUGCGAAGACGCAACUAUUGAAAAGCCAGCCAAGACAACCACUAAUGAUCUCAAUUUGGAUCAGUCCAAAAAGCAGACUGAGCCUGAGCCUGAGCCUGCUGUUGGUUUGUUUAGCACAACACACUUAAAGGAUAUGUUCAAAACUUGCCUAGAGCCUCGAGAAUAUAAUGCGCGUGAAAUUAUUUGGCUGGUGACCUUGGCCAUGUUCAUGACCAUAUUUGUAGUGGAUGGCGUUAUGACUGUCAUGUAUUUAUAUGUGCGUCAACAGUUCCAUUGGUCUGUGCGUGAGUUCACAUUCUUUGAAACAAUUAGUCAGCUGGUGUCCAUGCUGGGCGCUUUGAUUGGUUUUCUGCUGCUGCGCAAGGUAUUUGGCUUGUCGGUUGUAACGCUAGCGCUGCUUUCUUUAUGCUCUGAUGUAUUUAGCAAUCUUAUCAGAGGCUUUGCGACGCUUCCAUGGCAUAUGUAUUUAUCGAUAGUGUUUGGAGUAUUCCGUUCAAUUGGUGGCCCCAUGUGUAGCACUAUAGUCUCGAAUAUAGUGCCCGCCUCGGAUUUAGGCAAAAUCUUUUCUAUUAAAAACGUUAUGCAGUCCUUUGCGCCUUUUGUUGCGGCGCCACUUUAUACGCUUAUAUAUCAGCACUCUUUAGCAGUCUGUCCGGGCUUGUUCAAUUUCUUAAACGCUUUGCUCUAUUUGAUUGCAUUCAUAGCCAUUGGCUGUGUGUUGCGCUUUAAGCUUAAGCACAAACAACAUUAUGCCAAGAUACUCAAGUAAUGGGCGUAGAGCGCAGGCAAUGCGCUGAGCAGCUUUAGCUAACUUUUAAAGCUUUUAAUACUACUAUUUUAA